AUGCCGGACGCUGGGGCGUCGUCGAUUACCGUGGCCGUCCGCGUACGGCCCUUUACGAUCAGAGAGGCAGCGCAGCUGCAAAAAACAGACGACAGCACCGUCUUCCUCGGCGAUGGCUCACUGGCGGGCGUGCCGACGCCCAAGCUGCACCAGCGCGGCCUGCGCAGCGUCAUCAAGGUCGUCGACGACCGCUGCCUAGUAUUCGAUCCCCCCGAGGACAACCCCGUCCAACGCUUCUCGCGGUCCGUCGUGCCCACGUCCAAAAAGGUCAAGGACCAGGUCUUCGCCUUUGACCGCGUCUUCGACGACAACACGACGCAGACGGACGUGUACGAGGGCACCACCAAGAGCCUGCUCGACAGCGUGCUCGACGGCUACAAUGCCACCGUCUUUGCCUACGGCGCCACGGGCUGCGGCAAGACGCACACCAUCACGGGCACGGCGCAGCAGCCCGGCAUCAUCUUCCUCACCAUGCAGGAGCUGUUCGAGAAGAUUGACGAGCGCAGCGCCGACAAGACGACGGAGCUCAGCCUCAGCUACCUCGAGAUCUACAACGAGACCAUCCGCGACCUGCUCGUCCCCGGCGGCAGCAAGCAGGGCCUGAUGCUGCGCGAGGACAGCAACCAGGCCGUCACCGUCUCCGGCCUCACCAGCCACCACCCCCGCGACGUCAACGAGGUCAUGGACAUGAUUGUCCAGGGCAACGAGUACCGCACCGUGUCGCCCACCGAGGCCAACGCCACCUCAUCGCGCUCCCACGCCGUCUUGCAGAUCAAUAUCGCCCAAAAGGACCGCAACGCCGACGUCAGCGAGCCGCACACCAUGGCCACGCUCAGCAUCAUCGACCUGGCCGGCUCCGAGCGCGCCUCCGUCACCAAGAACCGCGGCGAGCGCCUCACCGAGGGCGCCAACAUCAACAAGUCGCUGCUUGCCCUCGGCUCCUGCAUCAACGCCCUCUGCGACCGCCGACAACGCGCCCACGUGCCCUACCGCAACAGCAAGCUUACCCGCCUGCUAAAGUUCUCCCUUGGCGGUAACUGCAAGACAGUCAUGAUCGUCUGCGUCUCGCCAUCGAGCGCCCACUUCGACGAGACCCAGAACACGCUCCGCUACGCCAACCGCGCCAAGAACAUCCAGACAAAGGUCACCCGCAACGUCUUCAACGUCAAUCGCCACGUCAAAGACUUCCUCGUCAAGAUCGACGAGCAGAUGGCCCUCAUCAACGAGCUCAAGGCCCAGCAAAAAGACGCCGAAAAUACCUUCUUCGCCAAGUUCCGCAAGCAGUGCGACAAGCGCCAGCUCGUCGUCCGCGAGGGCAUGCAGCGUCUGCGCGCCGCCUACGACAACUCGGCGCCCGAGCGCCAGGAGCGCAUCAACAGCAUGCGGAAGCUCAAGGCCUUUGAGCGGCGUAUCAGCCUUCUCUCGGGCUGGAUCGCCGCCUUUGACGCCAUUUGCGAACAGCGCGGCGGUGACGACGACGUCAUGCCACAGAGCCUCAGCGCUAUUCGGAAGACGGCUCAGGGCAUCCUUAUCGAGCUCGAGAACAGCCGCCAACACAUUCAUCAGAAGCUGGAAAAGGCGACGUGGGAGCGAGCCAUCGAUACAGCUCUGACGCACAGCCUCGGCCAGCUCGAAGGCACCGAGGGCGCCGACACGGGCGAGGGCGCUAGCCUGGGACGUGAGGCGGAGCUGCUCAAGGCUGGCUUCAAUCGCGAGGCGUACCGUGAGGUGAUGGAGCAGGAGAAGGCAGGCGACGCGGCCAUGGUGCAGAUGCUGCUGACGGCGCAGUUCGACAUGCUGGCCUCGUUGUCCGACACGCUGGCCAUGGACGAAGAGAGCGCGGUGGCCCACGCCAAAGAGAUCAUCACCAGGCUGCUGCAAACAGGAUACACCGCCGCCUCGCAGGUCGUGAAGCCCGACGGAACACUGCCGGCCGUGGUCGAGGCAUUCCCACCCACGCGCAGGGGCACGCCUAAGCGAAAGAAGACGGCCGCCGUGGCGUACGUCAAGCCCAUGGCCGCGCCGGCACUGGCCGCCGUCGUCGCCAAUGAGCACGUGUUUGCGAGCCCCUUGAAGUCGUCGCCCAGGAGGCGUAAGGCCCUGGGCAGCGUCAAGAAAGGGGUGAGCUUCACGCCAUCCAAGAAGAGCAAACGCGGCGUGCGAUGGAGGGACGACGAGAGCGAAGACGGCACACUGGCCGACUUUGCAAAGACGCCGCAGAAGUACGAAUCGCCGGACAAGCAGCCGUCGCCUGAGAAGGCCGCUCCUCCGCCGCCGCCGGUGGUCGUGCCGGCGCAUCUUGCUGACGAGCCGGCAACCAACGGGGACUCCAGCCCCAGCCUCGAAAUUCCCGAGGCAUCGAGCCUCGCCAAGCCUAGCAGGUUUCAGGCCGGCUUCCUGUCCAAGUCGAGAAUUCCCAGUCAUUCGGGAUCACCGCUGCCGUCGCCGCCGACACUCAGCCUCAACCUGUCGUCGGGCUCGCCGCAGCCAGACAAGGCGUCGCCGCUGCGGACACUGGACGCCGAUAAGGCCGGCAACAUGUCUCCGCCGCCUGCUUCGUCCCUGCCGGCGCAGCGAACAAGACUCAGCCCCCGCCUGCCGCGACCCAUUGUCGUCGACGAGAACACGCCCCUGGCCAGCAUGUCCGAGACAGGCUCAGACUCGGAAUGCAGCAUCGACGCCCGCAAGCUCCGCAGCGCCAUGCACUCGGCCAAGAAGGACAAGGCUCGGCGGGUUAGCGCCCUGACGAGCACGGCUGCCUCCACGGCUAAGCGGGUGUCGUCGUUCGGAUCAGCCGCGGGCGCCGCACCGAGGCCCAGCCUCCCCGCGACGGCUCUGGCCAGCAGCACCAACGGCAUCUCGCGCCACCGCCGCGGCAGCCUCGAGCGCCGGAGGAGCCCGCCGCUGGUGUGCUCUCCCGCGGAUGCCGCUCCAGAGCGAAGCCUCACGGCCGGCCAGGCGCGGCGGAUGAACAUGGGUGGCAGCGUCCGCCUCGACAAGACGGCCGCGAGGGAGGAGGCCAGCUGGAGCCCCGAGGCCAGGCGCGUUACGUACAGCGUCGGGCAGCAGCAGCAACCUGGAGGGCACAGACGACAGGAGAGCCGGGGCGCGACGUGGCGAUGA